AUGGCGUCGAUUCACAACACGUCCCAGAGUAGCCCAGGGGCUCCGAUAAAGAGGCUGCUGAUGAGCAAUCUCUGCUGGUUGAUCUUUGUGCCUCUCCUCUUGUCGAUCGGCCUCAGUAUUGUCACGAUACCCUAUAUAACACGAUGCGUGGCAGCACUCUCUCCCGGGAGCAUCGCAAGAGCCUUUGCAGCCAGUGCUAGACAAGCCCGAGGUCCAAUCGUCUAUGCAGCGGCAGGAACCUUUGUUGCGAACGCCUCAAUCGCCGGCCUUGACCAGUUCCUUGGGAUACCCUACGCAGUACCCCCCGUUGGCGACCUGCGGUUCAGCAACCCGCAGCCAUUCCCGCCAUCGGCUCUGGCGAAUCCGUUCCUGGCCACCGCUUAUGGCCCGGGUUGUUUGCAGGAUCCAGCCUUUGCCUUGUACAACGGGCUGAGCGAAGAUUGCCUGACUCUCAACAUUGUCCGCCCUCAGCGAAGGCCAUCGGAGGAGCCACUCCCGGUCUUGUUCUUCAUUCACGGAGGUGGCAACCUGAACGGCCAGUCCAUCUUCUACAACGGCACUGCCCUUGUGCAAUAUUCGGUUCAGAUCGGGAGGCCGGUCAUCUAUGUCUCAUGCAACUAUCGCCUCGCCGGGUUCGGAUUCCUCAAUAGCCCUGCGUUCCAGGCCCAGGGCUUGUCCAAUCUGGGGCUGAAGGACCAGUACCUCGCUCUGGAGUGGACUCAUGAAAACAUUGCGAGCUUCGGCGGAAACCCCAAUCAGACCAUUGUGUUUGGAGAAUCCGCGGGCGCCUGGGACGCGCAAGCCCAGCUGCACCGUGCAUAUUCACUGAACCAGACGAACAGACUCUUCCAGGGCAUGAUCACCCAGUCAGGCAGCGCCGGUGGCCUAAGGCUUGGGCCACUGCCUGUGGAAGCCCCUUCUACCAGGGCGCCAGCAUUCCAAGGUCUGCUCCAUAUGACAAACUGCACCCAGGCUUCUGACAGCGUUGCGUGUCUCCGAAACGUGGACGUGUCGGUUCUCUCGCCGCUGCUAGUGGAGGGCGAUUUUGGCACCUCGUACACACUUGAUAAUGACUGGUUCAAGACCAACUCGACCGCUCUUAUGGUUGACUAUGAAUUGGCACGCAUCCCCAUCAUCCAUGGCUGCAAUCUGAACGAAGGUUCGAUCUUCCUACCUGACCCGUUCAACCCGCCUGACAGCGGCGCUCUCGUGGAAUAUGUCACUCCGUUGCUGGACAACUCGACGUCUCUGGCCAAAGACCUUGUCCAAGUGUACGAGAAACUCACCUCCGAGGCUCUUGGGAAAGGCUACAACGGCGAUCCUACAGCAAACCAUACGUUCUGGACCGCGGUCGCUGUUUACGGCGACGUGUUCUUCCAUCUCGGCGGCCGCGCCUUUCUCAAACAAGCCAGCGAACGUGUCCCAGCAUGGGGCUACUCCUUCCGCCAACAACCUCCGUUGUCGCAGUUAAAUCUGAGCUAUGAGUAUCCAGGGUCUAGUGAAGCAUAUGCCAAGCGGAUCGGUGUCCACCACGGCGCUGAGCUGGCUUACGUGUUCGGUGAGGUAUCCCAUCUGGAGGGCGCGACUGCCGGGGACAUGCAGGUUUCCACCACCAUGAUGAGCGCCUGGAUCUCGUUUGCGUACACGCUCGAUCCCAACGCCGAGGGCGUGCCGCAUUGGCCGCGCUAUAGCGAGAUGGAGUCGGGAGUCAGGCUGGUUUUGGCUGAACAGGGCAAUCAGAGCAUUUCCGCUCAACCCGACACGCUGAGGCAAGAGGUGUACGAGGCAUGGAAUGCUGCAAUGGUCCACCUGGGCAGGGAGCCAUUGUACUGA